AUGUCGGAGGAAGAAAGUGAUCGUGAACUAGCAGCUGAAGACAACAUCAAAGUGAUGUGUCGAUUUAGACCUUUGAAUGAUCGUGAAAAGGAAUAUGGUUCGACAAUGAUGUGUAAAUUUGCAGAUUCGAUUAAUUUUGUGUAUUGGGGUCAGAAACUGUUUACUUUUGACAAAGUGUUUAAACCAGAGACACAUCAAGAAACAGUAUACGAUGAAGCUGCCAGGACAAUUGUGACAGACGUGCUUUCAGGAUUCAAUGGUACGGUGUUUGCUUACGGGCAAACCUCAUCCGGCAAAACGCAUACAAUGGAAGGUGAUCUGCAUGACCCUGGUGGUCGUGGCAUUAUUCCACGAAUAGUUGAUGAUAUUUUCCACCACAUCUAUUACAUGGAUGAAGAUCUCGAGUUUCACAUCAAAGUAUCGUAUUUUGAAAUAUAUAUGGAGAAGAUAAGGGAUUUAUUGGAUAUUACGAAGAUUAAUUUAACAAUUCACGAAGACAGAAACCGUGUACCUUUUGUGAAAGGCUUAACGGAAAGAUUUGUGUCCAAUCGAGACGACGUUUUCAAUAUAAUUGCAGAAGGAAAAACUAAUAGACAUUUUGCAGUAACAGACAUGAACGAGCAUAGUUCACGUUCGCAUUGUGUAUUUUCUCUAACAGUGAGACAAGAGAACUUAGAAAACCAGAAGAUUUUGGUAGGUAAGCUGUAUUUGGUGGAUUUAGCUGGAAGUGAAAAAGUAAGCAAAACAGGAGCCGAAGGGACGGUGUUAGAAGAAGCAAAAUACAUCAAUAAAUCGUUGUCAUCUUUGGGAAAUGUCAUCAAAGCAUUGUCAGAUGGAAAAUCGUACAUUCCGUACAGAGAUUCUAAACUCACUCGUGUCCUUCAAGAAUCUUUGGGUGGUAAUUCACGAACCACCGUCAUUAUUUGUUGUUCUCCGGCAUCUUUCAAUCAGAGUGAAACCAAAUCCACGCUAGAGUUUGGAAUCAGAGCAAAAACUGUAAAGAAUGUAGUGUGUGUAAACGAAGAAGUCACUGCAGAGGAAUGGGAGUCACGAUAUCGCAAAGAAGUGGAAAAUGCUUCUCGCCUCAAAGCAAAAUUACGAAAGUUGGAAUCAGAACUGACAAGAUGGCGGUCUGGAGAUACAGUUCCCGCAGAGGAUCAGAUUAGCCUUCAAGUAAUUGAUGCAUCAAGAGCUGUUGCAUUGUCUCGCACAACUUUCAGUCGAAAUGAAAGAGAAUUUUUGCACGCGGAAAGAGACAGUUUGUACAAACAGCUGGACGAGAAGGACGAGGAAAUCAACCAACAGGGUCAACUCGUGGAUAUUUUGAAAGACGAAAUGUUGGAACAGGAGGAUCUCAUAGCUUCUGCGCGGAGGAGAUACGAUCUUCUACAAAGGAAGAUGAACCGGGUACAGAGAGAAAACGACAGUGCCAAAGAGGAGAUGAAAGAAGUUCUCAUAGCUCUUGAAGAACUCGCUGUCAACUACGACCUCAAAUCUGAAGAAUUCGAACUCAAAAACAAGGAAUAUGAAAACCUGGCUGAAGAAUUGACCAAAAAACAAUUAGCCUUCAAUGUCACACUUGCAGAACUACAGCAGUUAAAGGACAUGUCUGCCCACCAACGAAAGAGGAUUGCGGUGAUGCUUACCGAUCUCUUGAAAGAUCUGCGAGAAAUCGGCGUCGCAAUUGGUGGAGUGAAAAACAUGAACGUGCUGACGGAUAACGAAAGAAAAAUCGAAGACGACUUCGCCGUGGCUCGUUUGUACACUUCCAAGAUGAAAUCCGAAGUUCAGAAUCUCGUACAGCGCUGCAACACGUUGGAAGGCUUACAAGCGAAAUGCAAUAAAAAGCAAAAUGAAUACGAAAAAGAACUGACGGAGUGCAGGAUGAUCAUCAACCAACACGAAGGUCGAGUGAAGAUUCUUCAAGAAUCGAUGCGAGAAGCAGAGGAAAGAAAGCGGGUGCUAGAGGAGGAUUUCGACACGCUUAAAGACGAAUGCGUGAAAAAGAAAGCCACAGAAUGCACCCAGAAAACGUGCACACAAGAAGAACCAAAUAGAGACGCCGAAACCAACACACUACGUGAAGAAUUCGAAGUACAAAUUAAACUCAUACGCGACGCCCAUCUCAAGCAAGUGGCAAAUUUACGCGAGGAAAUAACGGAGAAACAAGCUGCCAUUAACGAACUCAGAAAUAAGAAUCAUAAAUAUUGUGCCGUCAAUCAGCAGCUGCAAAAAGACUACGAGCGCUUCAAACAAGAGGAAUGUAAAAAAAGCGUCAGUCUUCAGGAACUGGUUAUGAACAGUGAGAGACAGGAAACGGCUCGUAGGGAUCUGAAAGGUUUGGAGGAUACUGUGGCCAGAGAACUGCAAACAUUACACAACCUGCGUAAGUUAUUCGUACAAGACUUGCAAUCCAGAAUCGAAGAGUCAGCAGACGUCGAUGAAAGCGGAGACUACAGCGGAUGUUUGGCUCAAAAGCAAACCAUAAAAUUUCUAGAAAGCAACUUGGAUCAACUGACGAGAGUCAACAGGCAACUCGUACGUGACAACGCAGAUCUCAGGUGCGAGUUGCCUAAAUUAGAAAGAAGAUUGAGUGCCGCGAUGGAUCGAGUGAGGGCUUUAGAAACGGCACUCCGAGACUCCAAAGAUACCUCCUUGGAUGACAGAAAGAAGCGCUAUUUGAAUGAGCUGGACCGCAUUAAAGAGACCAUACGCAUGAAGUCUUUGGGACGACGCAAGCCGUCUGCUCAAAUCGCUAAGCCGAUUCGAACUGGGCACCACCCGAAUCAGCACGGAUCGACUCCCAGAGCAAGCAGUCUUCCGGCCAAGGCUUCGACCGUCUGA